AUGGAUGCUGGUGCGACAUCCGAGCGAUUCGUGUUGUACGGCGGUGAUCUACGCUAUAGCAUCGAGGAUGGUUGCCGAUCGUUUGGUGAGCUGCUGAUCAAACGAUUGUACCGUAAUGGCACGGAAGUGGGAUUGGUCGAUGGCGUUACCGGACAGCAGUAUACGUACCACGAGAUACUGGAACGUUCGCUGAAGCUCGCCAAUCGCUUCCAUCGGCUUGGCCUAAAACGAGGCUCCGUCGUGGCGAUCGCUAGCGAGAACAGUCUCCAAUUCCCGAUCGUCACCUUCGCGACGAUCAUGCUCGGAGGAACGAUCCUACCGCUCAAUCCAUCCUACACGGCCGGCGAGAUGGCACACGUCCUGCAGCUCACCAAACCGUGGUCCAUCUUUGCCUCGAGCAAACCACUCGCCACGAUCCGCGCCAUGCGCGAUCACUUACCGUUCGUAAAGCUACUGGUCGCGCUCGUCGGAACGCAGCAAACGGAACACGGACCGCAACUACCCUCACUGGACGAGUUCUUCGAUCGUAGCCCACUGCACAGCCUUACCAGCUUCACUCCGCAACCGGUACGGCUCAAGGAGCAGGUCGCCGUCAUGGUUAUGUCAUCCGGAACGACCGGACUACCGAAAGCCGUCCAACUGACGCACCACAACGUGAUGGCCGUGAUGGCGUACCUAGCGGAGGAUCCCCGGUACACCGAGCUACCGGUCCCUAUCCGGGUCCUUGGACUGCUCCCUUUCUAUCACGUGUUCGGGUUCAUGCUGUCACUGAACAGCUGCCUCAACCGGGUGCCGAUGGUCGUGCUGCCCCAGUACGAGCCACGCCUUUUCCUGCGCACCAUCCAGGACCAUCGCAUCACGAUGGUCAGUCUCGUGCCGCCGCUGAUGGUUUUUCUGGCCAAACAUCCACUGGUGGCGGAGUACGAUCUGAGUUCGCUGCAUGCCGUCCUUUGCGGUGCCGCUCCGUUGAGCAAGGAAAUCGAAGAUCUGGUACGGGGGCGCCUUCCAAACGCCCGCACCGUCCGCCCCGGGUACGGUAUGAGCGAGACGUCGCUCGGUGUUAUUUCGCGGGUUAACGAUAAGGUCGGUUCGGUGGGUAAGGUCCACAAGACGACCUACGUCAAGGUGGUCGAUCUGGAUACCGGUGAACGACUCGGGCCCGGUCGAACCGGUGAGAUCUGCGUCAAGGGACCGCUGGUGAUGAAGGGUUACCUAAACAAUGAGCAAGCCACACGCGAAAUGCUCGAUACGGACGGGUGGCUCCGUACCGGGGACAUCGGAUACUACGACGAGGAGCUGGACUUUUUCAUCGUCGAUCGGCUGAAGGAUCUGAUCAAGUACAAGGGCUUCCAGGUGCCACCGGCCGAACUGGAGGACGUGCUCCUUAGUCAUCCGAAGGUACGCGAUGCGGCCGUCGUUGGACUGCCCGAUGAAAUGGCCGGUGAACUGCCAGCUGCCUUUGUCGUGCUGCAACCGAACACGGAGGCGAUCACGGAGGGGCAGCUUGCCCAGUACGUUGCUUCCAAACUAUCGCCCCACAAGUGGCUACGCGGUGGGGUGCACUUUGUGCAGGAAAUCCCCAAAACCGGCAGUGGCAAGAUAUUGCGCCGACAGCUGCGCCAAACACUGCAGAAGCAGAAGGCGAAGCUGUAAUGCCCCCGGGGGGGCAGCGCUGUUCCGGGUUAGGAGUGUAAUUGGGCAGUGUUUCUGAUGCAAAUGGACCAAAUCGCUUGAAAGCAUCACAGUGAAAUGUAAAAUAAACGAUAAAUCCGA